UAUGCUACAGAAAACAAAGCACAGAUCUAUUUCACCCCCAAUUUCUUACACGUCAGAUAGCUCGAAAUGGAUGAAAAAAGUGAAAGAAAGUAGACGGUUUCUGCUUUUACUUUUAUUUCAUAUAGCUCCUCGUACCGCCUCGCGAUUAGAGAUAGGGAGUGAACCGGAAUAUAAUGUAUUAGAGUUGGAAAAGAAUGAAAGAUUUAGACUUGGGUCAAGAUCUUUUAGUCGGAUCGUUUCUUCUUAUAGACUGAAUGAAGACGAAGAAGUAGAAAACGAUUACAUAACCACUGAUCGAGCUUUUGAAGCUGUCCAACAAAGAGGUCAAACAGAUCUCCUAGAAUUACUCAUCCGAACCGUUGAUGAUAGUCUACUAUACGACGUUGUUCGCGUUCUAAGCGAAGCAAACAAAGGAGAACAUGCAUGUUAA